AAGUUAUCAUUUUAAUCAAUUAGGGAACAGCCAGAAGGAAGAAGAAAGUUGUACACAGAACUGCAACUACAGAUGACAAGAAAUUGCAAAGUUCUUUAAAAAAGUUGGCUGUUAACAACAUUCCUGGUAUUGAGGAGGUAAAUAUGAUAAAAGAAGAUGGAUCUGUAAUUCAUUUCAAUAAUCCAAAAGUACAGGCCUCCUUGGCUCAUAAUACUUUUGCCAUCACCGGUCAUGCAGAAAAUAAACAAAUUACUGAAAUGCUUCCUGGAAUUCUGAAUCAACUUGGAGCAGAAAGUUUGACACAUUUAAAACGAUUAGCAGGUAUCCAGAAUGUAGGAGGUGGCAUUGGCAAAACAAGUAUGGGAUUAGAUGAUGAUGACGAUGAUGAAGUUCCAGAUUUGGUGGAAAAUUUUGAUGAACCAUCUAAAACCGAGGGAUUAUAAGUUAUCGAUGCAAAGUUGUGGCAGUUUAAUGUGAAGUGCUGCUUUUGUUCUUGCAGAUUUAAAAUUAUUAAUAUUGUUAAAGCUUUGACUUAAAUAACUUUUUUAAGAUUUGAAGUGAUGUAUGAGAUAUUUUUAUUAAUUUUCUUGUUACUGCAGUAACUAUUUUGUUUACAUUUAGUUAAUCUAAAAAAAAUAGUUACGAUCAGUGUUGAUUUCUACUUUAAUGCUAAUGGACUUUAUAGAAAUGUUUUAUAUUUCAGGAUUAAAAAUAAAUCUUCUGACUAGUCUUAUAAAACAAUUACAGUACUUUUGACAAGUUGUCUUAUUUUUGAAGCUAGUUUUUCUAUUUCUUAAAAAUAAAUAUAAAUUUGAUAAUUUGUUUGAUAAAUUAUUUUAAUGUUUUUCAUCUUUACUG